AUGGCCGCGGCUUCCUUCUGCGACGACCUUGAGCCCGCCUCCGCGCGCACCCGCAUCCGUGAUGUCCUUGCCGCAGGCGCCGCGCGUGCCGGGGACCGCGUCGUGGUCGGGGGGUGGGUCCGGACGGGCCGGGAGCAGGGGAAGGGCUCCUUCGCCUUCCUGGAGCUCAGCGACGGCUCCUGCGCCGCCACGCUUCAGGUCAUCGUCGACGCCGCCGUGCACCCGCUCGCGCGCCUCACCGCCACCGGGACCUCCGUGCUCGUCGAGGGCGAGAUCAAGGAGCCGCCCGAGGGGACCAAGCAGAACGUCGAGCUCAAGGUCAGCCGCGUGCUUGAGGUCGGCGAGGUCGAUGCCGCCGUCUACCCGCUGCCCAAGGGCAAGGUCAAACUCACGCUCGAGAAACUCAGGGACGUCGUUCAUCUCCGUUCGCGCACCAACACGAUUGGAGCUGUUGCUAGGAUUAGGCACCAGUUAGCCUAUGCGUCACACACGUUCUUCGAUGAGAAUGGAUUUCUCUAUGUACAUACACCAAUAAUAACUAUGAGUGACUGUGAAGGUGCUGGUGAGAUGUUCCAAGUGACAACUCUGUUUAGUCAGGCUGAAAAAACUGAGAAGUUAUUGAGAGAGAACCCUGCACCAUCUGAUUCUGAAAUUGAGGCAGCUAAAUUUCUUGUCAAGGAAAGAGGUGAUGCGGUCGCACAGCUUAAAGCUGUGAAAGCCAGCAAACAAGAGAUAUCAGCUGCUGUUGAUGAGCUAAAUAGGGCAAAGGAAAUUGUUUCAAAACUGGAUGAGAGGUCCAAGUUAAAGCCUGGGAUUCCACGCAGGGAUGAUGGUUCAAUAGCUUUUGAAAAUGACUUCUUCAAGCGUCAAGCUUUUUUGACUGUGUCUGGACAGCUUCAGGUUGAGACAUAUGCAUGUUCUCUUAGUAGCGUUUAUACCUUUGGACCAACAUUCCGGGCAGAGAACUCACAUACAUCACGGCAUUUGGCAGAGUUUUGGAUGGUUGAACCGGAAAUCGCAUUCGCAAACUUGCAGGAUGACAUGAACUGUGCAGAAAAAUAUGUACAGUACCUUUGCAAGUGGCUGCUUGACCAUUGCUGGGAAGAUAUGGAGUUUAUGGUGAAAAAUUAUGAUAAGAAUGCAAUUGAACGCCUGGAGCUUGUUUCCUCGACUCCUUUUGUGCGGAUUUCGUAUACAAAGGCUGUGGAGCUCUUGAAAAAUGUUACGGACAAGAAGUUUGAUAACAAAGUUGAAUGGGGAAUUGAUUUAGCCUCUGAGCAUGAAAGGUAUUUAACAGAGGAUAUAUUUAAGAAGCCAGUGAUUGUCUAUAACUAUCCGAAAGGAAUAAAGGCGUUUUAUAUGAGGCUCAAUGAUGAUGACAAGACGGUGGCUGCAAUGGAUGUUCUUGUGCCUAAGGUCGGCGAAUUGAUUGGUGGAAGCCAAAGGGAGGAACGGCUAGAUGUUCUGAAACAGAGGAUACUUGAUGCUGGCUUGCCUUUGGAACCCUAUGAAUGGUACUUGGACCUCCGCCGCUUUGGAUCUGUAAAGCACAGUGGCUUUGGGUUGGGUUUUGAAAGGAUGAUUCUUUUUGCAACCGGAAUGGAGAACAUCAGAGAUGUUAUACCCUUCCCAAGGCUCCCUCGCACUCGCAUCGCAUCUCCCCUAACCCUACCUGCGCGGCGGCGGCGGCGCGACGGGGGCCUCCUGACUGAAGCAUCCCCCGAAGCUCCGCUCCCACUCCGGCACUCCCAGUCCCAGCCCCUGCAACUGCAAUCCCUGGUUGUCGCUGGCCCUGACUUCACCUUCGUCGACCACCACCUGAGAUCAGCACCAACUGAGAAUGAAAGAGAGCUAAAUGACAGCGUCAAUGUGAAUGCUAGUGAGGCUAAUAAAGAAGCAAGUGGUGCAGCUGCUACUCAGACUGAAACUGAGUCCCCAACAGAUAAUGCAUCUUCAAAUAAUGUUUGUGUGGACACAGUCAUUUCUACUCUUAACAGUCAUGGUUCUGUACACUGUGCUAGCAAGUUCUUUCAUGUAAGAUGUGCUGCACACAUUAUUAAUCUCAUUGCUAGAGAUGGUGUGAACACAAUUUCAGCUGUUAUUGCAAAUAUUCGUGCAUUAGUCCUUAUUGUCAAGAGCUCCCCUUUGCAACAAGAGGCAUUUUCAAAGCUUGUUGCAGAACUGGCAGUAGCAGAAAGAGGGUCCCAUUAUCCAACAACAAACUUGUUCUUUUCUGAAUUUUGUGAAAUUAACCUCAAGAUUAUUGAGUGGCUGAAAAACAAUGACAAAUUUGUUGUUUCUACGGCUAAGUCAAUGAAGAAGAAUUUUGAUAAGUACUGGGAUAUGAGCAAUAUUGCUCUUGCUAUUGCAUGCUUCUUGGAUCCAAGGUACAAGAUGAAGGUGGUUGAAUUUUAUUACAGUGAGAUGUCAGAUGAUUACGGAUUUGAUGAUAUGUAUGAGUUCAAGAAAAUUCUGCAAAAGCUUUAUGAUUCUUAUGCCUCCAAGUAUGGUUCUAGUGCAGCUAGCUUUGUGCAAGAAUCUGAACCUAGAAUUGCUAGAACUUCUAGAACUUCUCAGUGCUAUGUGGAUUUAAAUGAGGAGCCAAAGAGAAAAAGAUUAAGUUCAUUUCUAAGGGACAACACUGAACCUGUCCAAGAGCAGACUGACUUCGAGCAAUACAUCAAAGAUCCAUUGCUGACUUGGAAAGAAGGUGACUAUUUUGACAUUUUGAGCUGGUGGAAGACCCAUGGUAUAAAAUAUCCUAUCCUUGGUCGACUUGCAAGGGAUGUUUUAGCUAUUCCUACAUCAACAGUAGCAUCUGAAUCAACAUUCAGUGCUGGAGGAAGAGCUGUUGACAAGUAUCACCGUCUGGACCCUCAAGUUGUUGAGGCCCUUAUUUGCUCCAAGGAUUGGAUAAGAGCAUCAAGGGAAGAACAAAGUGGUGUAGCUUCAAUUCUUGAUGAUUUGGCUGGUCUUGCUACAAAUGACAAAGCUGAAUAA